AUGGAGAAUAAGAGGAAUGUGACUGAAUUUAUUCUCUUUGGGCUGACUCAGGACCCCAAUUUGGAGAAAAUUGUUUUUGUUAUGUUUUUCAUCAUCUACAUUAUAACCCUAGUGGGUAAUAUGCUUAUUGUGAUCACCGUUAUUUCCAGCCAAACUCUGAGCUCCCCUAUGUAUUUUUUCCUUGCCUUCUUAUCCUUCAUAGAUGCCUGUUAUUCCUCUGUUACAGCCCCCAAAAUAAUCAUCAAUUCAGUGUCUGCAAGCAAGACUAUCUCAUAUGAAGGCUGCAUGACUCAGCUCUUUUCAGAACACUUGUUUGGGGGUUCAGAAAUCAUUCUGCUAACAGUCAUGGCCUAUGACCGUUAUGUAGCCAUCUGCAAGCCUCUGCACUACAUGACCAUUAUGAGCCGACGUUUGUGUAUCCUCCUUGUCUUGGUGUCUUGGGCAGGAGGCUUUCUUCAUGCUCUGAUCCAGCUCCUUUUCACCUUCCAGUUGCCCUUCUGUGGUCCCAAUCUUGUUGAUCAUUUCAUGUGUGACCUAUAUCCAUUGCUUAAACUGGCCUGCACAGAUACUCAUGUCUUGGCUCUGCUGGUGGCAGCCAACAGUGGGUUCAUCUGCAUGCUAAAUUUUUUAAUGUUGCUUGUUUCCUAUGUAGUCAUUCUGUUGUCUCUAAAGUCCCAUAGCACUGAAGGGCGACGUAAAGCUCUGUCUACCUGUGUCUCUCACAUCACCGUGGUUGUUCUAUUUUUCAUUCCCUGUAUUUUCAUGUACAUGCGCCCUUUGACUUUCUUCCCCAUUGACAAAACUGUAGCCGUGUUUUAUACACUUAUUACCCCCAUGCUAAACCCUUUAAUCUAUACUCUGAGAAACAAGGAGGUCAAAAAUGCCAUGAGGAAACUCUGGAAUACAAAGGUGAAAUGUGGCGAUCAAUAA